AACCCCUCUCGGUUUCCUCCGGUGUGAUAAAGAGCAGCGGCGGCGCCAGGCAGGACCCAAACACACAACACACGGCAGUCACGCAGUCACGUGUCUAUAUAUGGAGCCGGAGCAACACGCCGCCGAGCCAUCCGCGCGUUGAAACUUUUGCCCGCUUUUUCGAUGCACCGUGAGUGCGAGUGCGGCGGGCGGACUCGGACGUGGCAGCCACACACACUCGGCCAUUUCGCAGCUCGUCGCUGACCUGCCACCGCGGUGUCCACCACCGUGACCUUUUGAGUCAUAGGCACGCCGUCGGACGACCGAGAGAUGCGAGCCAGGAGUUGUUGCACCGCUGCUGCUCCGUCAUCCUCUGCUCUCGUUGACCUUUAAUAAGUGCGCCACUGCUGCCUGGUGAUACUAAUUGUGACGUCUCCGCGCAGCGCCGAAAACAAUGUUUCGGUCUCGGGUUCAAACUGGCAUCCCCUCCAAAUAAUCCAGCCCCUCCGGUGCUGUGGAGUCUGAGACGAAAACAAAAAGGUCCGCACUUGCGUGUGGAGGUCGAGACCGACCGUCCCACCGGAAGGAUGACGGCGGAAACGGCCCCCAGCACAGUCGUCACGGGGGCGGAGGGCGGCGGAGGCGGAGCACACCAGCAUGCUGCCUCCAAGACGCCGCUGCUGUACUACGACCAAGAGUGCGCCAAGGUCGAGGCAUGGCUCGACGAGCACCCAGAGUUCAUGCAGGACUACUUCCUCAGAAAAGCAACGCGCCAAGUAGUGGACUCGUGGCUGGUAACUCACGCAACGUCGACGUCGUCGAUGACGCAGAGCAGCACGGGCGAGUCGCCGACGCAGCCGACCGGCGGCUCAUCGCGCGGCGGAAGCGGAGCCACCACUCCGGUGCGCAAGAUCUCCGCCCAUGAGUUCGAGCGCGGUGGGCUGCUGAAGCCGAUCGUGACCACGAUCGACGGCACGCCGACCUUUCUCGUCACGCCGAGCCCAGACAGCACGAGCAACUGCACGUCGACGCACCACAUGGCCACCAACAACAACAUGCACAACUCGAACACCGCGCAGGCCGGACAGCGGCGCUCGCGGAUCGAGUUGCGCCACUUGGACGAGAAGGAGCUCAUCUUCGAGCUCGUCAAGGACAUCUGCAACGAGCUGGACGUGCGCAGUCUCUGCCACAAGAUCCUACAGAACGUCAGCAUGCUCCUCAGGGCCGACCGCGGCUCGCUCUUCCUCGUCCAGGGCAGCACCUGCGGCGGCCGCUGCCUCGUGUCCAAGCUCUUCGACGUAUGCUCCCGAUCCACGCUUGAAGAGAUGGAGAAGAAAGAGGAGAUUAAGAUCCAGUGGGGUCACGGCAUCGUCGGUUUUGUUGCUGAGAGUGGCGAGCAGGUCAACAUCCCUGAUGCAUACAAGGACAACAGAUUCAACCAUGACAUUGACCUAAUGACCGGCUACAGGACGCGCACUCUACUUUGUAUGCCAAUAAAAGACUGCAACGGUGAAGUGAUCGGUGUUGCACAGGUCAUAAACAAGCAGGGCGAGUCAUGUUUCACCACCAACGACGAGAAGAUUUUUGCCAGCUACCUCCAGUUCUGCGGCAUCGGUCUCAGGAACGCACAGCUUUACGAGACGAGUCAACUGGAAGUGAAGCGUAAUCAGGUCUUGCUGGACUUGGCCCGCAUGGUCUUUGAGGAGCAGAGUACAAUUGAGCACAUGGUAUACCGCAUCCUCACCCACACACAGUCCCUAAUCCAGUGCCAGCGCGUUCAGGUUCUGUUGCUCCACCAGGCCUCCAAAGGCAGCAGUUUCUCCCGCGUUUUUGAUCUCGAAGCGAGCGAUAUGGAGUGCGAGGACGUCGACUCAAGGACAAGUCCGUUUGAAAGCAGAUUCCCAAUUAACAUUGGCGUGACUGGUUAUGUGGCGACCACGGGAGAGACUUUAAAUGUUGCGGACGCCUACAGCCACGAGAGUUUUGACAGAUCUGUAGACGAAGGGACCAAUUUCCGACACAAAAGUAUUCUCUGCAUGCCCAUCAAAAACUCAUCGGGGCAAAUUAUAGGCGUCAUACAGUUAGUGAAUAAGUUUGAUGACUUAGCAUUUACGCGAAACGAUGAGAACUUUGUCGAAGCCUUUUCAAUUUUUUGCGGAAUGGGCAUCCACAACACCCACAUGUAUGAAAAGGCUGUGGUCGCCAUGGCCAAGCAGAGUGUCACUCUAGAAGUCCUAAGUUAUCACGCGUCAGCAUCUCUCGAUGAGGCACACAGACUUAAAAGCUACGUUGUACCUUCCAGUAAAAAACUCCGCCUUCUCGAUUUUACGUUUGAUGACAUUCACAUGUCGGACGAUGAAACUCUUAAGGCGUGUUUGCGCAUGUUUAUGGAUCUCGACCUGAUCGAAAGGUUUCACAUUGACUACGAGGUGCUGUGCAGGUGGCUCUCCUCUGUAAAAAAGAACUAUCGCAACGUCACGUACCACAACUGGAGGCACGCAUUCAACGUCGCGCAAAUGAUGUUCUCAAUCAUCAGCCAGGCCACACAAUGGUGGAAAGUAUUCGGCGACAUAGAAUGUUUAGCUCUCGUCAUUGCCUGCCUCUGCCACGACCUGGACCAUAGAGGGACCAAUAAUUCCUUUCAAAUCAAACGGUGGAAUGUAUGUAGAGCCUCCUCGCCGCUGGCGCAACUUUAUUCUACCUCCACGAUGGAACACCACCACUUUGACCAGUGCAUCAUGAUUUUAAAUAGUCCGGGCAACCAAAUUUUGGGCAACCUUUCGUCUGAAGAAUACUCAAGAGUGGUGAAAGUAUUAGAGGACGCCAUCCUCUCCACAGAUCUAGCAGUCUAUUUUAGGAAAAGAGGCUCAUUCUUCAACGUUGUGCGGACACACGAUAACUGGGUGCACGAGGAUAACAGGGAGCUACUCCGCGGAAUGACAAUGACUGUAUGCGACUUGGCAGCCAUCACCAAGCCGUGGGAAAUUGAAAAAAGGGUUGCUGACUUGGUAUCAAGCGAGUUUUUUGAGCAAGGUGAUAUUGAAAGAGAGGAACUGAACAUUACACCAAUUGAUAUGAUGAACAGGGAAAAGGAAGACCAGCUGCCACUUAUGCAAGUAGCGUUCAUCGACUCAAUUUGUUUACCAAUUUAUGAGGCAUUUGCUGACUUGUCUCCUACACUUAAGCCCUUGGUGGAUAGAGUCCGCGAAAACAAGAUGCAUUGGCUGGAACUCUCAGAAGUGAAUGUGACUCAGAAAAGAAAAGUGAUAGAUGGUGAAGACAGUCGACAGUGACGAUGAACAAGUGCAACAAUUAUUUAUUUGAUUUUUACCACAACUUCUAGUGACACUUAAUUAAAAGUGAUGAAGUGCAACACAAGACUUAAUAUUUUUAACCAUCCAAAGUCUACUCUUUCCUUCAUAAAGUAAAAUCUUUGAAAGAAUGGACAAGAAUCAUUCAAACCUUUGGAGAAUCCAUUUGUUGAGAUAGAACGUUCUGUGGAUACAUUGUGAAUGUAUUUUUGUGCUUUAAGACAGGAUAUUGUAACUAAAUGAAAACUCGCUAUUAAACCAGACAAA